AUGGGUCGAAUCAAUCAACUUCUUCUUCUUAUUGUCACAGCAUUUGCUGUUGGUGUAAAUGCUCGAAAUGGUCUUGAUUUUAUUCAAGCCGUAUCUGUUGCUACAAUGAAAUGUCUCAAAAACGACGGAAUCAAUUUCAUCAUUCCAAGAGUUUACACUAAUUUGGGAUACAUUGAUGAAACCGGAAUUUCAAACAUCAAAAAUGCUCAUGCUGGAGGUAUUCCAUAUGUUGAUGGAUAUAUUUUCCCAUGUGUUGGAAGUUCGAGAUGCGCAUCAGCAGCUACUCAAGUAUCAACUGCUUUGAACAGAAUUAAGGCCGAAGGAACUUAUGUAAGUUUUGAAAACGAGUAGACAAAACAAUUAUAACAAAUGUUAUGGUUUAGAUCGGAACACUUUGGCUCGAUAUUGAACGUCUUAGUUGGCCAGCUGAUCAUGCAACAAACAGAAAAUUCAUCGAAGCAAUGGUUGCGGAAGCAAAUGCACUCAAACACGCUGUUGGAAUCUAUUCAAAUUAUUACAAUUGGGAAGCAAUUGUUGGACUCGAUUACACUGGACAAUCACAUUUGCCACUUUGGUGGGCAGAAUAUGAUGGAACUCCAGGAUUUGCAAAAUAUAAAGAAUUCGGAGGAUGGAAACAACCAAAUGUUCAUCAAUGGCACGGAACUGAAGCUGGACCAUGUGGAGUCAGUGUUGAUCUCAACUACAGUCCAUAA